CGGCGGGCACCCCUCCCGGCCCAGCCCGGCCCGCCCCGCCCACCCCGACCCCUGCUGCCGGGGAGCGGAGACCCGGCGGCCGCUGCGGACUCGGACGAGAUCGACGCAAGGUCAGCGGCGGACGCGCGCGGGGGAGGACCGGGUGCCCGGUGCGCCGCAGGGACGCCCGCGAGCGGGCUGGAGGGCUCCCUGGAAUCUCCAGAAGUUGCUUCCAUCAUGGCAGAACUCAAGGUGGAGACCCGGACCAGUGUAGACUGGCAGAAGCGCUGCCUGGCCCUGGAAAGCCAGCUUUUCCGCUUCCGCCUGCAGGCCAGCAAGAUAAGGGAGCUGUUGGCCGACAAGAUGCAGGAGCUGGAGCAGAGGCUGCUGGAGGCAGAGCAGAGAGCGGAGGACGCGGAGACCCAGGUGGGUGUGAUGGAAGAGAAGGUGAAAUUGUCCAAUCUGAAGAAUGUGGACUCAGCAGGCAGCCUGCACCGGAAGUACCAAGAAUUGCUGAAUGCCAUGCAGGGCAAAGACGAGCUCAUCGGCCGGCUGGAGGCCCAGUUGGAGAAGCAGAAGAAGAUGAGAGCUGAGGAAACAAAAAUCGUUCAAGAAAAAGCUGCAAAGAUCAAGGAAUGGGUGACACUGAAGUUAGCAGAGCUUGAGAUGGAGAAUCAGCACCUGAAAAGCUGUAAUCAGCACCUGGUGGAGCAGGUGGGAGCCCUUCAACGUGCACUAGAAGCUCUUCAGAUGGCACCUUCGGGGAAGCUGCUGGUGGCCCCCCAGGGAACCACAGAGCAGGAUUCUGUCCCUGCAGGACCAGGAGCCCAGCCAGUGGGGCAGGACGGUGGUCCUCAGGCCCAGGGUGCCCUGAAGGCAGCUAUGCCUGUACCUUCUCCAGCUGCUCUGCAGAGCAAGGACUCUGUUCCUAAAGCAGGAAGCCCCUUGGAGGAUUCUAGUUCCAGCAGGGUCCACCCUGGAGAAAUAUCAGGGGCCAAGACCCUUCCACUUCAUCUGGGAGGACAGGGCUCUCCUGGCCAGCUGUGCCUGAAGCCUUGCGCCCCCAGGCAUGGUUUGGCUUCCUGGGGUGAAGGCCUGGUCACUGCUCAAGGAGGGACGCUCCCUAGGACGAAGACCUCUGCCAGGGAGGGUGGCCCCGGCUGCAGCCUGACCCUGCCGAAGGUGCGGGCUCCCAGCACCCACCGGGACAGCAUCCAGCUGGCCAAGCGGCACCACAGCCAGCCCCAGGCGGGCCCUGCGCACUUCAACCACGUGGUGAGCAUUGAGAUUGGGACACUCUCAGCCCUCCCCUCCUCCAGCCUUCCCAAGGUGAAGGCUGGACCUGAGCUCCGGGAGGAACCGGAGAAGAUGGAGAUGGAGGAGCAACCCCCAGCGGGGAAGAUGGAGGAAGUGGAUUUGGGGAACAAACCACCUACACCCCCCCUGCACCGGUUUCCAUCCUGGGAGAGCCGGAUCUACGCUGUGGCCGCAUCAGGUGUGCGGCUGUCUGAAGUGUCUGCUAGAAGUAACGCCGCCUGCUGCGCUUCAAGCCCUCCAGCCCUUGCAUCCCCUGGGCCUUUCUCUGGCCUGGUCUGCAAGAACGUCACCGUGCCGGUCUACACAGCCUUGAAGGGGAAAGCCACGCAGAUCAGCACGGUGCCCUUUGUGGACGAGUCCUCUGGGUCUGAUGAUGACUGCAGCUCCCAGGCGAGCUUCCGAACUUCAGUGCCCUGCUCUGAGUCCAGGAAGACCAGUGGACUGGGCAGCCCCCGGGCCAUCAAGAGAGGCGUCUCCAUGUCCUCGCUGAGCUCCGAGGGUGACUACGCCAUCCCCCCGGACGCCUGCUCCCUAGACAGCGACUACUCAGAGCCUGAGCACAAACUACAGCGCACCUCAUCCUACUCCACCGACGGGCUGGGCCCAGGCGGGGAGUCACUGGAGAAGUCAGGCUACCUCCUGAAAAUGGGGAGCCGGGUGAAGACGUGGAAGAGGCGCUGGUUUGUCCUGAGACAGGGACAGAUCAUGUACUACAAGUCUCCGAGUGACGUCAUCCGGAAACCUCAAGGUCAAGUGGAACUGAACUCCCGUUGCCAAAUUGUUCGAGGGGAGGGUGCACACACAUUCCAGCUCAUCUCUGAGAAGAAGACCUAUUACCUGACAGCAGACUCGCCCAGCCUGCUGGAGGAGUGGAUCCGUGUCCUGCAGAGCCUGCUGAAGGUCCAGGCCACUGGGCCUCCAGCCCUGCCUCAGGGUGGCACCAAGCCUGCUGUGAAGGGCUGGCUGACUAAGGUCAAGCAUGGCCAUUCCAAACUGGUCUGGUGUGCUCUUGUUGGGAGAACCUUCUACUACUAUCGAAGCCACGAGGACAAGCGACCCCUGGGCCGUCUGCCUGUGCGGGACGCACGCAUAGAGGAAGUAGAUCGAUCCUGUGACUCAGACGAGGACUAUGAGGCUGGAGGAACCCGGCGGUUGCUUUCCUCCCAUUGCACCCUUGUGAUCCACCCCCCAGAGCACAGCCCCACCUACCUCCUCAUUGGCACCAAGCACGAAAAGGAUACGUGGCUUUACCACCUCACAGUGGCUGCAGGUGGCAGCAGUGCCAAGGUGGGCACUGCCUAUGAGCAGCUCAUUGGAAAGCUGAUGGACGGUGAGGGAGACCCAGAUUCCCCCCUCUGGAGGCACCCCAUGCUGUGCUACAGCAAAGACGGGCUGUACACCUCCCUCACCACCCUGCCCUCCGAGGCCCUGCAGACGGAGGCUGUCAAGCUCUUCAAGUCGUGCCAACUCUUCAUCAACGUGCCCGUGGAAGCGGCCUCGGUGGACUACCACGUGUCCCUGGCCCAGACCGCGCUGCAGGUCUGCCUCGUUCACCCCGAGCUGCAGAGCGAGCUCUACUGCCAGCUCAUGAAGCAGACCAGCUGCCGCCCGCCGCAGAAGUGUUCCCUCAUGCAGUGCUGGCAGCUCCUGGCUCUGUGUGCCCCACUUUUCCUGCCUCAGCACCACUUCCUCUGGUACGUCAAACAGCAGCUCCAGCGCCACGCAGAUCCCCGAAAUGAGACGGGCCAGUACGCCACGUACUGCCAGCGGGCAGUGGAGCGGACGCUGCAGACUGGGGAGCGGGAGGCCAGGCCGUCGCGCAUGGAGGUGGUGUCCAUCCUGCUGCGGAACCCCUUCCACCACUCCUUGCCCUUCAGCAUCCCCGUGCACUUCGCCAACGGGACUUACCAGGUGGUCGGUUUUGACGGCUCCUCCACAGUUGACGAGUUCCUCCAGCGGCUGAACCAGGAGACGGGCAUGAGGAAGUCCUCCCAUUCUGGCUUCGCCCUCUUCACGGACGACCCUUCUGGCAGGGACCUGGAACACUGCCUGCAGGGGAGCGUCAAGAUCUGCGAUGCCAUCUCCAAGUGGGAACAAGCCCUGAAGGAGCUGCACUCCGGAAAGUCUGAGGGUGGCACACGUGUCGUGAAGCUGAUGUACAAGAACAGGCUGUACUUUCGGAGUCAAGUCAAAGGGGAGACAGAGCGAGAGCGCCUGCUGCUUGCCUCCCAAACUAGCGCAGAGAUAGUGGCAGGGAGGUUUCCUGUCAACAAGGAGCUGGCUCUGGAGAUGGCUGCACUGAUGGCCCAGGUAGAGUAUGGGGACUUGGAGAAGCCCAUCCUGCCAGGACCUGGGGGCACACCCCCUGCCAAGGCUCUGCAUCACCUCCAGCAGGUCCUAGACAGGUUCUACCCAAGGCGCUACAGACACGGGGCCCCCCUGGAACAGCUGAGGCACCUGGCAGAUCAGCUGACCACAAAGUGGGCAGCACUGCAAGGCUGCUCCUCUCCUGAGUGCAUCCGCAUCUACCUGACAGUGGCCCGGAAAUGGCCCCUCUUUGGUGCUAAGCUCUUUGCUGCUCAGCCUGCACAGCUGUCUUCCAAGGAGAACAGUCUGGUGUGGAUUGCCGUGAAUGAGGAUGGCGUCAGCAUUCUGGACCACAACACUAUGCAAGUGCACGUCACUUAUCCCUACUCUUCAGUGAUGACCUUUGGUGGCUACCGGGAUGACUUCAUGCUUGUGAUUAGAUCCAUUUCAGACCAGAGCUCUGGAAAAGGCCACAUCGAGAAGUUGAUCUUCCGGAUGGCUGCUCCCAAGAUUGCAGAGGUGACCUUCAUCAUGGCCAGCUACAUGAACCACUGCUCCACAGCUGUGGACCCGCCCCCCAACACGCCUGCUGCCUGCCAGCCAUGGGAACUGGAUGGACGACAGUUCUUUGCUUCUGUUCCAUGUGCUGCCAAGGGGCCAACGUUGCUGUGAAUAUUUCUCCUACCCCUUUCCCCACCACCACCUGGUGCCUCUGGGAUUAGAGAGAUGUAUCCUCGGGUGCGAUACUACUGUGAUGGGUCUAACAGCCCCCUGCAGCCUGCCCCAGUUGUUCUGUGAAAUGUGUAUUUCAGUGUCCAUGAAGCCUUUACUCUCUAGGUGCCUUAUAAUGUUUCAGGGCCAACCUUUAAAAAUCCAGACCCAGUAUAAAAACCACUCUUUUUUUUUCACAAGAAUACUGAGCUCUGGAUGCUGCCCGAUUCUAGACACAGAUAGGGAUGGCCCACUGUUACUGGUUACUGAGGGCAUCAGUGCUGUAAGU